AUGUCUAGCCCCAUUUCCGCAGUCAUUUGGAUCACCGAAGAUUUGUUGCCCGGCCUCAUCAAACAAAUCAAACAAGCCAAAUUCCCCUCUCGGCUCGUGCUUCACCUCGUUCUCGCCUACGGAAAUGACUAUCCAAUCAACUAUCUUCGCAAUUUAGCGAUCGACGCAGUCGCUACGAGCCACUUCUUCGUUGCCGAUAUGGAUGUCUGGCCGGUCGGUAUUUCCCCGUUUCCCCUUUUCUCUGACUUUGUAGGUGACGUUUACAAUCAGGCCAUUUCCAUUCUAAACAUGCAGCCUGACCCUAAUUAUUCGGGCCCUAUUAAUUUUAAUCCGGCCAUGGUGGGGUCGGUGGCCAAUCGGAACACAACGGCGAUUAUUGUUCCGGUCUACGAGUACAUGCGCGCGUGCAACAAAUUCGCGACGUGUCCGACGAUGCGUGAAAACGAGAUCCCCGCGACAAAGAAGGCGCUGCGACGGUGUUUGGAGACGUCGACGUGUCGGCAAUUCCGACAGGGGCAGGAUUUGCACAAUUACUACUUCGAUGAGUGGCUGGAUUCGAACUACACGCAGCCGUUGACGCUGGUGAAGUGUUUCGUGAAGGACAAGCAGGAGCCGUACGUGAUUCUGAAGAAGACGGAGGGGAUGCCGCGGUUUGACGAGCGGUUUGUGAACUAUGGGUACAACAAAGUGGAGUUUUUGACGGAGCUGCGGUACUCGGGAUGGAGGUUUUAUGUGCUGGGAACGGCGUUUGGGAUCGACGUGCCGCAUCCGCGGUCGAAGUACCAGCAGAAAUUCGUGACGUGUUCUCGCAGUUUUUCAAUGAGUUGGUGA